CGCAGACAUGAUUGACGGACGACUAUUCUUUGAGGUCCUGUCGACGCUGGAGCACAUGAAUGUUGAGGACAUUUUGAGUCCGUCUGCAUCUGCAAAGUUUGACAUGAUCAUGAAUCUUCUGGGAGACCAGUGCGGAAUUAAUUUGAUCCAAGACGGAAAGCCUCGACAGGCCAAUGAAACCCGACAAUCUGUGGUACCCAACACCGGUCACCAACCUGUACUCGUUUCUGUUCUCCCUUUCAGCAAUCCGGUGUUGGACCCCCAUCUGAAGGAUAUUUCCCUCGCAGCCGACAAUCACAAUGAGGAAAAAGACCCCGGUGCGGUGUCUCAAGUCUUCCGAGAAAUCAGCCACUGGCACAACCACAAAAGACUGCUGAACACAAAUGGGAUGAAGGAUAUGACGGAUUGGCAACGUACGAGAGCUAUUCGCCGGAACCAACGCUUCAUGAUCGAGAUGAGAGAUUAUGCCAAGAGCCUCACCGGGGGGCACCUUGAACCUCAGGUAAUUGCAGGUGUACCCAGCAAACAACAGCAUAAACUAAACCAUUCGAAACCGACAUCUACUGCUAAGGCAGCGGGGAAUGAGCGCACACACGAACAAAAUCAUAAACGGCACGGUCGUUCUAAACCAGGGCCUUCUACUAGAGAGCAAAUAGCCGCCGCUCAGAAGGCGGAGGCAGCUCGCAAAUCGGUCCACAAGCACAUGGCGCAGUGGAAAUAUAAGAGCUCGGAAUUCCAACAGAAGGAAAGUCUCAUGGAGCGUUACCUGGAAGCUAGGAAGUUCCUGAAUGGGCUAGACAGCUCAAAAAGACAGGUUCUGGAAGCAGAGGUGUUGACAUACACCGUGGCCACAUUGCUCGAAAUAUGGGCGCGGCGUUGUAGUUCCCAUAGGAGAAAUGACUCCACUCACAUAGUCGCCUUGAUAUGGAACGCAAUUUUGCGAAUUGCAAAGCUGAAGAAAGGAGUCACCGAGGAGAUCGCCAAAUCCAUCAGAAAGACCAUCGAAUCCUUGAAGCUUCCCGUCAUUGAUAUCGCAUCUCAAGGCAACGAAAAACUUUCUUUCCGGUUUCCUUCACUGUCUGACAUGGGUGGCAACCUUGCUAUUGAGCUAUCGCCGGUUGAGUUCCAGCUCAUGCAUGCAGGGCCUUAUUUCGACCGCAGCAUGGGCUCACGAGUAGACCCACGUGUUCCCGACUUUGAACCGGAUGAGUGGCAGCGCAAGAUUCUGGAUUUGAUUGAUGCCCGGAAGAGCCUCUUUGUGGUGGCUCCUACCAGCGCCGGCAAGACAUUUAUCUCGUUUUACGCAAUGAAACAAGUCCUUGAAGACAGCGAAGACGGGAUCCUGGUCUACGUUGCCCCGACCAAAGCCCUCGUGAAUCAGAUUGCUGCAGAGAUAAUGGCCAGAUUCUCCAAGAGCUAUAAAACUCCCGGGAAGUCUGUGUGGGCAAUCCAUACGCGUGACUACCGUAUCAAUAAUCCCGUGGGAUGUCAGGUGCUGAUCACAGUACCCCAUAUUCUCCAGAUCAUGCUGCUGGCACCAGCUCAUGCAGACUCAUGGUCUUCCCGGAUCAAACGGAUUAUCUUUGACGAGGUCCAUUGCAUAGGGCAAGCAGAUGAUGGAGUUGUUUGGGAACAGCUACUUCUUCUCGCCCCGUGUCCUAUCAUCGCACUUUCAGCGACGGUGGGAAACCCCAAAGAAUUCAACAACUGGCUUAGUCUUACACAGGAAUCUAACGGCCAUGAGCUAGAACUAGUCGAGCACAAGGCGCGUUGGUCGGAUUUGAGAAAGUUCGAAUUUCACCCACCGCACAGUUUUUCUUUCAAUGGCUUUUCUAAAUCGAAUGGAUUGAACGCGCUCGGGCUAGAUGCCAGCACACAUAUGGCUUUUCUACACCCUGUCGCAAGCCUGAUUGACAAGUCUAGGGGUAUCCCAGAUGACUUGACUUUGGAGCCACGGGAUGGUUUAUCGCUCUGGAAGGCCAUGAACAAGUAUCAAACUGUCGAAUUCCCGCUCGAUCUGUCUCUAGACCCCGCGGAGUCUUUGCCAAAUGUCGUCUCGAAAGCUGAUAUCAUCAAGUGGGAGACUAAGCUGAAGGCUGUGUUGAAGCAAUGGAUGGCCAAAAGCGGAUCACCAUUCGAUGCAGUCUUGAAUGAAUUGUCGUCCCAAGUGCCACUAGCAAGGGCUUCCAAUGAUAAUACCCAAAAACCUGGGCUUUCCCGCGAAGUGAAGCAAGGUAGCAUCCUGAGCACUACGCUUCCUUUGAUCUGUGCACUCCACGACCAAGGCGCGCUUCCGGCAUUGAUAUUCAACUAUGAUCGAAGGAAAUGCGAGCAAAUCUGUGAAACAAUAAUCGGUGAAUUGCAGCAGGCCGAAGAUAACUGGAAGUCCACCAGCACGGCGUGGGCAGAAAAAGUCACCAAAUGGGAGGCGUGGAAGGAAAGCCAGCAGAAACUAGCCAAGGCCAAAUCACCGACGAAGACCAAAAAAAGAAGUUCAGAUAAUGACGAAAACAUGUCAAAAGACGAGCAGGCAAGAGAGGAAGCUUCCACCGAGUCAAGCCCAUUUGCAUCUUUCGACCCCGAGGCGCCACUGGCUCGCUUUUCCCUAGCUGACGAGAGAAAGCUUUUAUAUUCUGAGUUUGAGGUUCUCGCAGAAGAAUUGAAAGGCCGCCUCGUCCCGUCGUGGCUUAUUGAUGCCCUAAGACGGGGGGUAGGCGUCCACCACGCCGGUAUGAACCGUAAGUAUCGACAAGUCUGCGAGAUGCUUUUCAGGAAAGGUUACCUGCGAGUUGUGAUCGCAACAGGGACGCUGGCCUUGGGAAUUAACAUGCCCUGCAAAACUGUUGUUUUCGCCGGCGAUUCCGUGUUCUUGACAGCUCUCGGGUUUCGCCAGGCGGCCGGCCGAGCUGGGCGCCGAGGCUUUGAUGUCCUUGGAAAUGUCGUCUUUCAAAACGUUUCCCACGCCAAAGUAUGUCGUCUGCUGAGCUCGAAACUGCCGGAUCUCAAUGGUCAUUUUCCGAUCACGACCAGCUUAGUCUUGCGGCUGUUCAUUCUCCUUCAUCAAUCGAAGCAAGCCCCGUUCGCUGUCAAGGCAAUCAAUUCAAUUCUUUCGUGCCCCCGCAUCUAUCUCGGGGGGCCUGAAUCGAAGCAUACCGUGUUGCACCACUUACGCUUUUCGAUUGAAUACCUUCGUCGUAACCAUCUCUUAGAUGAGGCGGGGGCUCCCUUGAAUUUUGCUGGAACUAUAUGCCACCUCUAUUAUACGGAAAAUUCGAGUUUUGCAUUCCAUGCUUUGCUUAGUGGAGGAUAUUUCCACCGUCUCUGCAAAGAUGUCCACAAAAAUCCAGAAAGAGUUCUUCGCAUUUUGAUGCUGGUCAUGGCGAAUUUGUUCGGACGGCGCCAUAUUCGACCAUCCAUUCUCGAAGCCCAACGGGCGGUGAUGGUGGACUCGCCUUCGAUAGUGUUUCUCCCUGCAUUGCCUACGGACGCGGCAGAGAUCUUACAGGCCCACAAUAAAAAGACACUGGACAUCUAUUCGGCAUACGUUACUACAUUUGUCGACCAACAUAUCACCGAGCCAGAUUGCAUUCUACCGCUGUCGCAUGUCAAGGUUGGAGGAGACAAGUCUGCCGAAGAAUUGAGUCCUUCUCUUGCAUUGCUACCCCCUACAAAAGUCAACUCCGCAUUCGUUGCUCUCUCGGGACAUCGCGAUUAUUGGAACAGCAUUCCAGAUCUUUGCAAGAAAGUACGCAGUGGAGUAUGGCUCGAGCAAAAUGUCGUUCCUCACGUAGGGAUAACCGACGAUGGAAUGGGUCCGUUGAACGCCUACCUGUACGAUUUCUUCCGCCACGGUGAUGUUCAUGCCUUGGAGACGGCCAACAUGAUUCGCAAAGGCGAUAUUUGGUUUGUGUUGAAUGAUUUCUCGCUUGUUCUCGCCACGAUCGCUACGGCCUUGGAAAAUUUCUUCAAACAGUCGCCCGACACCGACGACUUUCAAAGUGCCACCGGCAGCGGUGAAGCAUAUGAAAAUGAGCUGGAAGAUGAACUCAUGAAAGAUGGGCCUAAUCCCGAGAUGCCGAAGCAAGGUGAUCGAUCACGAGUCUCUGGUUGUGACAAGACAUCAGCUUCCUUCUCUGUCUCGUCGGUCAAACCUAAGAAGAACAAAGCGAAAGUGGCCGAUAGCUGGGAAGACGAGGUCGAUGACAGUUCAACGGAAAAAGAAGAAUAUUCCAAAGAUCCCAUCAGCUCGAUAGAAGAGGAUAAUACCGGAGAGGAUUUCAGACCCCAAGAGGGAGGGUUGAGGGAGGUCCUGGUGGCGUUUCGGAUGCUGCAGAGCGAGUUUAACGUGAAGUUUAGAGCCAUGUUUGCAUAAUUGCGUCUGAUAUGUGCCACCUAGCAGAUACAUUGUGAGAUUGGAACUUUAUCUUGGCUAUUGCUUUAACUCCUGCCGAAUCAUGGAGUUGCCCAUGUCGGAUCCGGCAUGAUAUGCCGCCGUCUUUUGCCUACGUGUUGGCAGUUGAUCAUGGAUUGUAUAUCAAUGCUCAAAUAAUAUGAAAAUGUCAAACCUGU